AUGUCCCUAAUACCAUUCAAUUUUGAUCCUGAUGCGGAAGGUAUAGACCGUUAUUUACAAGAAGAUUAUGACAAUUCUGUGGCUGUUAAUUAUGAAGGUCGAUCAAACAAUUCCUCCAAUUGGUGUUCUUGUGGAUACUGUGUAUGUAUGCAAAGUGAUAUCGAGUGUUUAUGCUGCAAUGAGUUACCAAAUUUAGAAAAAAUACGAGAACAAGAAGAAAACAAAACGUGGAGAUUCAUUUGUUAUAAACAGUAUACAUCUUGGGUCAAUUCUUGGAUUGCUAUGGGAAAAGGAAAUCGAGUGGUUUUGCCUUCAUGUGUUGUUAGAAAAAUAAGGGAAGAAUAUCCAGAACAAAACGGAAUAUACGUAGGAUUCAAAAAUUCAAAAAAAUUACCUGCUUAA